AUGCGCUACUCCAUCCUCACCCUGGCCGCCGUGCUAGCCCAAACCCAAGCCCAAACCGUCCCGAUGCCUUUCGGGCUGGGCUCUGUCCCAGUCCCAGCGGGCGAGCAAAACAGCAACGUCGGCGGGAUCAACGGCCAGGGAUACUCAUCUUCAAUGGCCGCUCAGCAGUCAAUGGCAAAGCCCUCAUCCUCAAUGAUGCCCCAGCGUCCAGCACAGAGCCACGGUGUCAACCACUACUACAUGACGCCUAUGGCAUCUUCCUCCGCAAGCCACUACAUCAGCAGGCACAUGUCGAUGUACGCAUCUACCUCUGCCUCGAUGCCCUACUCUGCAUCGGCAACCCCCUCCGCCCGUGCUGGUCGCGUCCACGGCCUAAACCAUGCCGUCCACGCACCCCACCCGCACGAGGGCUUCGCCGCUCCAGCCGGUAUCCCCAAAGCCGGUGACUCCGUAAGCUACAACGGAGCCACUACAAAGCACGGUGGCUACCACGGUGGAAACGGUAACGGAUUCACCCAGACACACGGAGAUGAUUCAAGCAGCGAUGGAACUCCCCCGUUGAUGAUGAGUCCUCAGCGUGGAACUGGAAGUGCUACUCCUACUACGCCUGAGUUCGAGCAUGUUCCGGCCAACGUCGAUGAGAAUAUCGCUCCUAUCCCUAACUCUGCGCCUGGUGGCCAGAACAUUGCGCCAAUUGGUAACCCCAUGGCUCCUGGUUCCAAUGUCGCGCCUGUUCUUCCUCAGAAGUCGCACGGUGUUGAUGAGGGAAAUGGGUUCUGUCUGGGACAGUGCUAUGAGACUCCUGCUCAGGCUAAGUGUGCCAAGCCAUACUCUUCGCCUGUUUACAAUGAUGGGGCAGGUUGCUACACAUGCUGUAUUACUUCGCCUGACUUUUAA